CAUUGUAUUUCCACCAUAGAAGUGGGUCAAAAUCGAGUUUUUAAUGCACUAUGGUCUUAAAUCUGCUGCUGUAAAAACACCAACAGCAUUUGUUAUUGCUUUAGCCCUGCCUGAGUUGCCGAGUAGAAGCUGCUUGAAUGCAGUGGGAGCUGCGUUUGUUCGUCUUUCUCUUUGUUGAAGCCAUGUUAUCCAUUGUUGUAUCGCACUGCGUAGCCGAAGUGUUCCCAAACGGGAGAUCUUAACGAGGCAGGAGUGUCUUUCAGCUCUGGUUUUUACUCUUUGUAGUAGCCCGGUCGUUGUUAGCAUGCUGUGUGUUGUGCCUCAGUGUGCAUUGUUGACACAACGUGCGGUGCGCUACUUAAUAUGUCCGUGUGGAAACUUGUUCGAUACACCACCGAACCGAACCCAAACCCCCGUACCGAAACGGUUCAAUACAAAUACACGUACCGUUACACCCUUAAUACACACACAUCUGAAGAUUAUAAAAAAAUAAACAUAUUUGGUGGGCUAAACAAAAUGACUCGGCGAAACAAUGUUUGGUAUGAGUGAUAUGACCUCAAAUCUAUAUCCUAAUAACAAUAUAUGUCACGAUACAUCAUUUGGUAUAUGAUUGAUAAUAGAAGAAUUUCAAAACUGUUUACAAAGGCUCUUAAUUUGGCAGCUGACAUAUGCAGUAACAUAUUGUGUCUUUUCUAAUUGUAUUAUUUUGUCGAAACAAUUAUUAUUAAUGUACUUGUUUAUUUACUGUUAAUAUCUGGUUACUUUAUUUGAGAACAUAGUACUGGGAAUGAUGUAAUAAUAGGGACGGCGUGGCGCAGUGGGAGAGUGGCCGUGCGCAACUCGAGGGUCCCUGGUUCAAUCCCCACCUAGUACUAACCUCGUCACGUCCAUUGUGUCCUGAGCAAGACACUUCACCCUUGCUCCUGAUGGGUGCUGGUUAGCACCUUGCAUGGCAGCUCCCUCCAUCAGUGUGUGAAUGGGUAAAUGUGGAAGUAGUGUCAAAGAGUACCUUGAAAGUAGAAAAGCGCGAUACAAGUACAACCCAUUUAUAGAGGUUGUCGUCUGAAAACACACAUGUCGUCUGAAAACACACAUGAGCAGACACACUGGAGAAAAACCUUUUAUCCGUUCAAUAUGUGGUAAUGGUUUUACACAAAAUUGGAGUUUGAAAGUGCACAUGAGAAUACACAGUGGUAAAAAACAUUUUGUCUGUUCAACCUGUGUCAAAGGUUUUGUAGAAAGUCACAAUUUGAAAAUACACAUGAGAACACACACUGGUAAAAAACCUUUUUCCUGUUCAACCUGUGGUAAAGGUUUUACAGAAAGUCAAAAUUUGAAAAGACACAUGAGAACGGACACUGGUGAAAAACCUUUUACCUGCUCAACCUGUGGUAAAGGUUUUACAGAAAGUCAAAAUUUGAAAAGACACAUGAGAACACACACUGGUGAAAAACCUUUUUCUUGCUCAGAAUGUGGUAAAGAUUUUGUACAAAGUCCCCUUUUAAAAGCACACAUGAGAACACACACUGGUGAAAAACUUUUUGUCUGUUCAAUCUGUGGUAAAGGUUUUACAGAAAGUCGAUGGUUAAAAGUGCACAUGAGAACACACACUGGUGAAAAACCGUUUUCCUGUUCAGUCUGUGGUAAAGGUUUUACACAAAGUCAUCAUUUAAAACUGCACGACAGAACACACACUGGUGAAAAACCUUUUUCCUGUUCAAUCUGUGAUAAAGGUUUUACAGAAAACUGGUGUUUGAAAGUACACAAGACAACACACACUGGUGAAAAUUCACAUUCCUGUUCAAUCUGUAACAGAAGCUUUUGUCAACAAUCAACCCUUGUAAGACACAUGAGAAGACACCCAGGAGAGAAAGUGUUGAGUUGCAGUGUGUGUGGUGAAAGAUUGUCUUCUAAGUAGCAGUGUAAGAAACACAAGUGUGCUGGUGAGAACAGCAGCAGCAAAUGAAACUGCAGGAUUUGAAAUAAACUGUCCAGACUUUCAUUUUGACU